GGAGGCGGGGACGCGCCGGGGGCGCAGCGACAUGGGCCCGCCGCCGCCGCCACUGUGAGCAGCCUCUUUCCCCGCGGAUCGGCGGCGGGGGGCGGACGGACCGACAGACAGCCCCGCAGCGACAUGUAACCAUGGACUGCAGGACCAAGGAAAAUCCAGAAAGGACCUUUGACUUGGUAUUGAAAGUGAAAUGUCAUGCUUCUGAAAAUGAAGAUCCUGUGGUGUUGUGGAAGUUUCCUGAGGACUUUGGAGACCAGGAAGUACUACAGAGCGUGCCAAAGUUCUGUUUUCCCUUUGACGUUGAAAGGGUGUCUCAAAAUCAGGUUGGACAGCACUUUACCUUUGUACUGACAGACAUUGAAAGUAAACAGAGAUUUGGAUUCUGUAGACUCACAUCAGGAGGCAAAAUUUGUUUAUGCAUCCUUAGUUACCUUCCAUGGUUUGAAGUAUAUUACAAGCUUCUGAAUACUCUGGCAGAUUACUUGGCUAAGGAACUUGAAAAUGAUUUGAAUGAAACUCUCAAAUCACUAUAUAACCACCCAGUACCAAAGGCAAACACUCCUGUCAACUUGAGUGUGAACCAAGAGAUCUUUAUUGCUACUGAGCAAGUUCUGAAAGAUCAGCCCUCACUAACACCGCAUUCAUACUUCAUUGCCCCGGACGUGACUGGACUCCCAACAAUACCAGAGAGUAGAAAUCUUACAGAGUAUUUUGUGGCUGUGGAUGUGAACAAUAUGUUGCAACUGUAUGCCAGCAUGCUGCACGAAAGGCGCAUCAUUAUUACCUCCAGCAAAUUAAGCACUUUAACUGCCUGUCUUCAUGGAUCGGCUGCUCUGCUGUACCCAAUGUUCUGGCAGCACAUAUACAUCCCUGUGCUUCCUCCACAUCUUCUCGACUACUGCUGUGCCCCAAUGCCAUACCUGAUUGGAAUACACUCCAGCCUCAUAGAGAGAGUGAAAAGCAAAUCAUUGGAAGAUGUGGUUAUGUUAAAUGUUGACACAAACACUUUAGAGUCACCAUUUAAUGACUUGAGCAACCUCCCAAGUGACGUGGUCUCGGCCUUGAAAAAUAAACUGAAGAAGCAGUCAACAGCUACCGGCGAUGGAGUGGCGAGGGCCUUUCUUAGGGCUCAGGCUGCUUUGUUUGGAUCCUACAGAGAUGCACUGAGAUACAAACCUGGUGAGCCCAUCACUUUCUGUGAGAACAGUUUUGUAAAGCACCGCUCAAGUGUGAUGAAGCAUUUCUUGGAAACUGCAGUUAACCUUCAACUUUUUAAGCAGUUUAUCGAUGGUCGACUAGCAAAAUUAAAUGCAGGAAAAGGUUUCUCUGAUAUAUUUGAAGAAGAGAUCACUGCAGGUGGCUUUUGUGGAGGGAACCCGAAGUCAUAUCAACAGUGGGUGCACACAGUCAAGAAAGGAGGUGCACUGUUCAACACAGCAAUGACCAAAGCAACUCCUGCUGUGCGAACAGCAUAUAAAUUUGCAAAAAAUCAUGCAAAACUGGGAUUAAAAGAAGUGAAGAGUAAGCUAAAACACAAGGAAAAUGAGGACGAUUACGGGGCCUGUUCUGGUUUGGUACAAUACACACCAGUUUACACAUUACACAAUGAAAAGGGAGGAAAUAUAGAAAAGCAUAAGCUUGCUCAGGCACGCUUACAGAGGCCUCUUAAGAGCUUUGAUGGUGCUCAUGAUGACGAUGAUGACAUUGAACGAGCAAGCAAGUUGUCUUCUGAAGAUGGUGAAGAAGCUUCUGCUUAUUUUUAUGAAAGUGAUGACUCUGUGGAAACAAGAGUGAAGACACCUUAUUCGGGUGAAAUGGACUUACUAGGGGAGAUCCUAGACACGCUAAGCACCCACAGCUCUGACCAAGGAAAGCUGGCUGCUGCAAAGAGCUUGGAUUUCUUUAGAUCAAUGGAUGAUAUUGAUUACAAGCCCACGAAUAAAUCCAAUGCCCCCAGUGAGAAUAACCUGGCCCUCCUAUGUGGAGCUUCUGGUGAUCAAGCAGACUGGAAUCUUGGGCAGGAUGACAGCGCCCUCCAUGGCAAGCACCUUCCUCCAUCCCCCAGAAAGCGGGUUUCCUCUAGUGGACUGACAGAUUCUCUGUUCAUCCUCAAAGAAGAAAACAGCGAAAGACCCCUCAGUGCUGACAAUGUGAGUGGCCCUACUGUCAUAGAAAAACCAGCUUCUCCUUCAAGAUUGGAUCUCCAGCUAGCUACCCCUGAAGUGUCUGAAACUGAUCAAGGGAAAACAGAACAGAAGGAAACACUAAGCCAGAUUUCAGAUGACCUGCUUAAAUCCAGCCUUGGACGACGCCCAUCUACUUUCGUUCCCUGGGAGAAAGAAGGAAAAGAAGUCCCUGAGACUUCAGAAGAUGUCGGACUGCUCCACGAAGUUGUGUCAUUAUGUCACAUGUCAUCGUCUGACUUCCAGCAAGUCUUACACAUUUCACAAGAAAAUACAAGUGGAAAACCAAGCUUAAAUCACCAAUGAAGGGUCAAGUCACUUGCAUCUAAGUGUAUAGAUGUAAGGUGAGACAUUUUGGGAUUCCCUAUGUUCUGCCUAGUAAACAGAAUUAUUUGAGGGAAUGACAACUCUUACUAUUAUUUAAUUUUUUUUCUUUUGGGACAUAAUUUCCCCUCCUUGUUCAUCUCAUGGAUAUAUGCUAUCCAUUGAUUUUUAAAUAUAAAGCAAAUUCUUCUACUGUGCUGUUAAAUCAGGUACGGGUUGUAUAUAUGUUGAAAGUAUGUGUUGAAUAUAUGGUUCCCCAGUAUUUGGUGCUUAAAUGCUAUUCAUUUUAUUUAAACUAAGUAUGCAUCUAUAAUCCUUGCACAUAACCAGUAGCUACUGUACUAAUCUGGUUGAGCAUGAACUGAUAUUGAAACUUAUCAAAACUCUCUUGAAAUUGAUGAAAUUGUUAACCCACUAAUUGCCUUAAUGUUAAAAGCUAUGUUAAGCAUACAAAUAACUUAUGAAAUUACAUGUAAAGUCUGAAAGAUAAGUUUUUUUUUCUGCAGAGCAAUAAUGCCUUUUUCUACUCAUCAAAUGAAGGUCAACAUUCAUUUUUCAAGGUUAAAAGCUCUUUUUUGGAAAUAAUUUGCUUUUAUAAGGACAUUGCAGCCAUGUUUUCUCCAAAAACAGUAUAAAGGUAUAUAUUUACCUUUCACUCAG